AUGGCGGAUACCUUGGCUAGGGAAACGGAGGCCUUUCGUGCGAUUUUCCCGGCCAGCUGCCCAACGGUUCUGCGUGAUGCUCUCAUCGACAGGCUACUCGCACUUGGUGUGGGUACCGCUGACCUCUCGACCUUGGUCUCAAAGCCAGAUAUGCUGAAGAAUACAAUUGUUGAUGUCCUUUGCCCUAUUGGUGAAAAAGAAACGGCAGAUCAGAAGCAACUCCGUUUGAUUCGCGGUUUGAGGAUCGAAUCAGCUUUACAAGGUGCUGCUAAGGCCUUCUCCAACAAGCACGGCCCUGCCGCUCAAGGUCAACUCGAGUACAUGGAGCGAAUUUCGAAGCGUUAUGGUGGUGCGGCUUCCCCCGGUUUGGUGGUAUCGAGAGGUGAAGCUAGGUUCCGAAUCGGGAAUUCCGAUCGUUCCACGGGAGGCAAGAAGCCAGUAGUGGAUGUCAACGGCAACAUCCAAUGGAUUCCCGACUCGGCCACUGGUGGCCGCAAACCUCGCAAUCUCAGUGAACUGUGGUUCGGCCUUCUCCCCAUCUUACUAUGUAUCGACACUAGUUGCAACGUGAAUGGAGGCCCCUGGGUGCUCCACUAUUUGCAGGAGUUAUGCCGGGUCUCCAUGUUAUAG